AUCACCAUUUUCGCCUAUACCGCCGGCGACGAUGUUUGAAACGGAGAUUUAUGAUUUGUCCGACGACGCCGAUUACGCUGCCGCGUCCCAACAAGUAAGCAACACACAACGUACCGAAAAAGUAUCGUAUCUAUUGGUGCACUUCUCAUGGGCCCCUCAAGCAUGGCUGGGCAUGAUAUUAGUAACCGAAGCUAUUCUAGCGAGCCAGAAAAUGCAGAAAUAGUAUACUUGAAGGAUAAUGUGACAAUUCAUCCAACUCAAUAUGCCACGGAAAGGAUUAGUGGGCGUUUGAAGUUGAUUAAGCAAGAUUCUUUACUCUUUAUGUCAUGGAUACCUUAUAAAGGACAAAGCUCAAAUGCUAGACUGUCUGAGAGAGAUAAGAAUUUGUAUACCAUAAGAGCAGUGUCUUUUGCCGAUAUCCGAUCAAUUCGUCGACACACUCCAACUAUAGGCUGGCAGUAUGUUAUUGUGGUUCUAUCAUCUGGCCUCGCGUUUCCUCCCCUUUACUUCUACAAUGGAGGAGUACGAGAGUUUAUUGCCACAGUUAAGCAACAUAUUUUUAUCGUCAGGUCCUCCGAAGAUGCAAAUGUGUUUCUUGUAAACAACUUACAAGAUCCUCUUCAGAGAACUUUAUCUUCAUUGGAGCUUCCAAGAACUAUUUCUAUCGCAAAAUCAGCUUCUUCCUCUUCAUUUACAGACUCCCCCUCAGAUGGUAAUCUGGAAAGACUCGAUGGGGGUGCUAGGAAAAAAGGUUCUGAUACUGCUCGAGAUAUUUCAAUUCAGGUUUUGGAAAAAUUCUCUCUUGUGACGAGGUUUGCUAGAGAAACAACUUCCCAACUCUUUCGUGAAAGCCUUGUUGAUGACUUUGGAACUAAUGAGAACAAGAAGCGUAACCAGUCCCAAAAUAGGCCUCGAGAAAUAGCCUCCAAUGAUGUGCAUGUAACUCGCAGUGAAGUUCCUGUACCCCCUGACCCUCUGGAGUUUGAUAAAUUAUCACUAGUAUGGGGAAAACCACGGCAACCUCCUUUGGGCCCUGAAGAGUGGGCAACCUUUUUGGAUUCUGAAGGCCGAGUAGAGGAUUUAAAUGCUUUGAGAAAGAGAAUUUUUUAUGGCGGAGUGGAACACAGUUUGCGAAAAGAGAUUUGGGCAUUCUUAUUGGGAUAUCAUGCACAUGACUCUACAUAUGCCGAAAGACAACAUGUUAUGACUGUUAAGAAGUCUGAGUACGAGACUAUCAAAAAUCAGUGGCAGAGCAUUUCUCCAGAGCAGGCAAAAAGAUUUACGAAAUUCAGAGAAAGGAAGGGUCUAAUCGAAAGGGAUGCGGUAAGGACCGAUAGAUCGCUGCUGUUCUAUGAAGGAGAUGAAAACCCCAAUGUGUAUCUUCUGCGCGACAUAUUGUUGACCUACUCAUUCUACAACUUUGAUCUUGGCUAUUGUCAGGGCAUGAGUGAUCUCCUAUCCCCAAUAGUGUUUGUCAUGGAAGACGAAUCAGAAUCAUUUUGGUGUUUUGUUUCUCUAAUGGAACGGCUUGGACCAAAUUUCAACCGUGACCAGAAUGGCAUGCACUCCCAACUGUUUGCACUGUCAAAGCUGGUGGAGUUGCUCGACAGCCCAUUGCACAAUUAUUUCAAGCAGAAAGAUUGCUUGAAUUACUUUUUCUGUUUCCGUUGGAUUCUUAUACAAUUCAAAAGGGAGUUUGAAUUCGAUAAAAUAUUGAGGUUAUGGGAGGUGUUAUGGACUCAUCAUGUCAGUGAGCACCUUCAUCUUUACAUAUGCAUUGCAAUCUUGAAACGACAUCGGGCCAAGAUUAUGAGGGAGCAGAUGAGCUUUGACACCCUCUUGAAAUUCAUCAACGAAUUGAGUGGUUGCAUCGACCUUGACGCAGUUGUUUGUGAUGCAGAGGCUCUAUGUGUGUGUGCAGGUGAGAACGGUGUCACCUCCAUUCCGCCAGGAACUCCACCUUCAUUGCCGGUAGAGGAUGAGUCCAUAUAUCAACAAGAUAACGAGGCAUUGUAAAACAUGAGCAGAUCAGACAAAAUUUCAGGUAUAUAUAUAAUUGCUCUCGUCUUCUAUCUGUAGGUCGAUUAAUGUAAAAAUGCGAUAGAAAAUAGUCUCCUAAUUAAGGAAAUCAAUUCGAUUAAUUAUCUUGUAUCGAAUUCGAUUAGUAAAGAUUUAAUCAACGGGACUUGUUAAUUAUGGGCCUCGACAGUAGACUAUCACAUGAUUGAGUGGAAUAAAAAUGCAUUUUACUAGUUCUGCCAAACUAAGAAAUUGAGACUAAAUAAUCAAACUACCUGUGGGGUCCCUUAUAGAGUUAAGGAGCAAGGUCUUAAUCAUAAUCAAGUUAAU